AUGGGCUCCGAAGAGCACCGCGCGCCCAAGUCCGGGCUCAUCCUCGCCGUGAACGCCGGCUCCUCCUCGCUCAAGAUCUCCCUCUUCAAGCGCAGCCCCUCCCCCUCCCCGUCUCCCAAUGACGACUCACAUGCGGUCGAGCUCCUGCUCACCUCGACGAUCGACAACAUCUCCGCGCCCCCCGCGCGCUUCUCGUUCGCGCUCGCCGCGCACGCCGAGGGCCGCGAGACGAAGAAGGAGCCGGUCGAGCGCGUGCGCGACCACGCGUCCGCGUUCGCGCACUUCCUCGACUACCUCAAGCGCGAGGCGAGCAUCGACCGCGCGCAGAUCGUGCACGUGUGCCACCGCGUCGUGCACGGGGGCGACUACUUCAAGCCGGUGGUGAUCACGGACGAGAGCUACCACCACAUCGAGCGGCUCUCUGACCUCGCGCCACUGCACAACGGGGGCGCGCUGUCCGUGAUCAAGGCGUGCAUCGACGCGCUCCCGAACGCGAGCUCGAUCGCGUACUUCGACACCUCCUUCCACCGCACCAUCCCCGAGCACAUCGCCAUGUACGCGAUCUGCCAGGACGUCGCGCGGCGCCGCGGCCUCAAGAAGUACGGCUUCCACGGCCUCAGCUACGCGUUCAUCCUCCGCGCAGUGAGCGCCCACCUCCAGCGCCCGCCCGCCUCCCUGAACCUCAUCGUGCUGCACCUCGGCUCGGGCGCGUCGAUGUGCGCGGUCGCGGGGGGCCAGUCGCUCGACACGACGAUGGGCCUCACGCCGGUGUCGGGCCUGCCCGGGGCGACGCGCUGCGGGGUGAUCGACCCGAGCCUGAUCUUCCACUACACGAACCGCGCGGGGCGCAUCUCGCACGACCGCUCGCUGGCCGUCGACGUGCACGUCACGGAGGCGGAGGAGAUCCUGAACAAGCGGAGCGGGUGGGCGGCGCUGACGGGCACUACGGACUUUGGGGAGAUCGUGCGGAAUAUGAAGAGGGUGGAGGAGAGGGGGCGCAGAGGGGUGAAGGGGGACGAGGGCGAGGGGCAGGAGGAGGGACAGGAGGAGGAGGAGGAGGGGAAGUGGAGGACGGCGUUCGACCUGUUCGUCGACCGGAUCUUGGGGUUUCUCGGGGGGUACUACUUGAAGUUGGGAGGUAAGGUGGACGCGCUGGUGUUCGCAGGGGGGAUCGGGGAGCGCAGCGUCGAGCUGAGGGAGGCGGUGCUGGACAAGGCGGCAUGCCUUGGGUUCGAGCUCGACCCUGAGGCGAACGGGAAGGUGGACGGGGACGAGAGCGUGGUUGUGGACGUGGGGAAGGGGAAGGAGGGCAAGCGGGUACUCGUGUGCAGGACGGAUGAGCAGCUCGAGAUGGCGAAGGAGUGCGCGCUCGACUCGAGGUUCUGGGAAGAGUGA